AUGUUCACUACAUCGCAUCUUAAGAGGAAGUCCAAGGGCAGACAGGACUACAUGACGCCCCCAAUGACAACUCGAUCUCGCUCCUCCUCGUGCUCCUCUUUCGACGAGGAAUCGUAUUUCUCCAAGACAUAUGUUCCUCUCUCGAGCCUCCCAACACCACCGCCCUCCUUACACUCCAACAUCAGCAGUCGUCAGCAAUCCCCCGACAUAUUUUCAUCCCCAGGAGAAAUCCUCGACCCAGAACUCCUCGGUCCGGCAAUUCACCUCACGAACCUUAUUCCUUCCUCUACCUCUCUCACAACCGCCUCUGUUCCGCUCGUCCAUACUAUCCUCACUCGUGCAGACCUCCCCCUUGAGACUCUCGCCGUUGCGGUGUGCAUCCUCGACUCACUAAAUUCCCGCUUUGCCCUUCAAUGGCGGAAAGGUUGUCCUCUAACCUCGCAAUCACUACCUGGAUCGUUCAGUCCCGUUGAUAGCGGGAUAUCGCAACAGCAUAUCGACUCUGUACAACCCGAACUCGUCAUCCUCGGCGCUUUGAUCCUGGCAGUUAAAUUCCUGGACGACGCACAGCAGCGUACAAGCGAAUAUGCCACUGAAUGGGGAAGGGGGAUUUGGACCUGUCCCCAGAUAAACUUUACGCAGCGUGUCAUCCUUGAGAAUCUUGGAUAUAGACUCCUUCCCCUCUGGGAAGAAAGUAUCAUUCUCGGAGCUCUGGAGGAUAUGGAACGUGCCGUGCAACAAUACACGCCUGAAAUCUACAGCGACAGCGAAGAGUGGGAAGCCGAUACAUGUUUUGACAGUUUCGAUUUUCCUAAAAAUCUAGUCGGGGUUCCUGGUAUGGGGAAAGCCGUUUUGGGAUUUGGGAACCAGAUUACGCCUGUUGAGACGCCGGGCGUGGAAAACGCAAGGGGAACGAGAGAUGUGGACAGUGAAACGAAGAGUGCGUUUUCGAGGAUCGACAACGAUCCGUUUGUGGAGUUUUGGAAUCGGACGCACAGGGGUGCAGACCAAUUUCCCGUUCUUGCUGAGCCAGGUUUUGGGAUUUGA